AACAAAGGUCACGUCAAAAUGAUGGGUCAAAUUCCGUAGUUUUUUUUAGAAUGAAAUUUUCGCGUUCGGAAGGGUUUAUUUAGCUGCGUUUAAUGUUGAAAAUGCAUUUUCAAAUUGCGUAUACGACUACCAAAUAUCGCGAGUGAUUUGUUGCCCCGUUAAACAUCAUGAAGGUGUUACAGUGUGCUUCCCCACUGAGAAAUGUAAUAUGGAAGUAUCAACACAUCAUCAACAAAGAAAGUGAAUUAGAAGUUGCAUUUAUACGUUGUUGUUGAAUAAGUGCACCAGGAAGAGAAGAAUAGCGAGUUAGCUAGAGGGUAUAGCUUGCAACAACCGUGCAAGACAGACAUAACAAGGCCAGCCAGCAAGCCAUCGUCGUCAUUCUACCUGUCUUCGAACGACCUGAGUAUUGAGCUGGCUCGCCUUCCGCCACCCUGGCGGAUCUGAGGGUAGCAGCCAAUUGGGCGGCCGUAGCAGCUGUAGGAAUACCAUCAGCACCAUCAAUGGCCCAGUCAUUCAGUUGGUACUACAACAGCAACAAUCAUCAUGCAACGUCCAAACUGGAAGAUCAGCUGAGGGCCAAAUCGGUCCCACUAUGUUCGGUGAACGAUGUCCAGUUGCGGUUUCUCUGCCCGGAUGAUCUCGAGGAGGUGCGAACCCUGUGUCAGGAUUGGUUCCCCAUCGACUACCCCCUGUCCUGGUACGAGGAUAUUACGUCCAGCACGCGGUUCUUUGCGCUAGCGGCAGUUUAUAAUUUAACCAUUAUCGGAUUGAUUGUCGCCGAGAUUAAGCCGUUCUCGAAGCUGAAUAAAGAGGAUCGAGGAAUGCUGUCCGAUUCGAUGGGACGGGAUGCCGAUGUCGGUUACAUCCUUUCGCUGGGAGUGCACCGAAAGUAUCGGCAGAAUGGGAUCGGAUCCCUGCUGCUCGAUUCCUUAGUCAACCACCUGACCACCGCCGAACGGCACAAAGUGAAAGCGGUCUUCCUGCACGUUCUCACCACCAACCAGACCGCGAUACUGUUCUACGAGCGAAGAGGCUUCAUUCUCCACUCGUUCCUGCCUUACUACUACUCAAUUCGGGGGAAAUGUAAAGAUGGCUUUACCUAUGUGUCCUACAUCAAUGGAGGCCAUCCGCCCUGGACGUUAUAUGACCAUCUGAAGCACUGGUGCUCGGUGGUGGUUACCGCAGGCGGUCUCUGCUCCUGGAUCAGCGGACGACUCCGGACGGCUUUCCGGUGGGUUUGCUAUCGGACCAUUUCCAGGUUUGCGUUCACCCAGGACAACUGAGCGACCAAAAAACAAUAGGCAGCAGCACUUCCGGAUGAUACGAACCCACUUACCUGGGCUCGAUCGACGAAUUUCGAAAACCGAUAACUGUUCUCGGACUCUAGCAGCAUAUGAUAAACGGUUAUGCUACGAUACAUAUACCUAGUAAUUUAGUCGAAGCAAAGCUGAGUAAAACAGAUGCACAAACAAGCGAGUUUGUAGAAGAAACAAUGGUUGAUGAAAUCUAGAAUCAAUAAUUUAAGCUGAAUCAGAGCAGGUUUUAAACAAAAGUAUAGAGAAUAGGUGAAACUGUUGAUCAUGAUAUAUUUAUUAAAAAUUAUUGUUUUACAAUCAUCCAGAACGGCUGGUACAAUAGUGCAGAUGUUUUAUUUUCAAUAGCAAUUUAUUUGGUUGUUGAACAAUCGAAGUAAUAUAAAUCCUCACGAACCAAAUGAUUAUUUUUAAGUGUUUGAAAAAAUCAGCUGUUUUAAUUCCAUAUCUGAAGCUAUCAUGUCAAUACCAUAAGCAAAACCAUAUAUUUUACUUAUAUUUUCAAAACUUUAGCAAUGAAAUAAGGAAAGGAAUUCCUUGAAUAUUAAAUCAGAAAUAAAAACGACACAGUGAGAUAUUUUUAAGCUCUCAACGAUGAUUUAGGGAAAAAUUCGAACAUCAAAUCUAUGUAUUCCGAAUUUAGAUUCAAUUCCAGUCACAAAUCCAUUUUAAAUAUCACUGAUACUUACAUGCAUUUGCUACGCUAUUUUUCUGCAAUCCUGCUUCACUUUUGUACAUUUUCUAAACGAACUUCUACGCAUCUAUCCAGCAACAAUAUUUUCUACACUCAGAGUUUUUUUUAACCUUGUUUUAUGCAAAUCUUUAGAAUUUAGAAACUUAGCGCAUAGGUUCCAAGGAAAAUGAACUUCAACGAUUUUCCCUACAACUUCGAAUGAGAUUUGUUUCAAAUGAGCAUUACCCCGCCAUGAUUGGAUUGAUCCAAAAUACUAUGAUCUUUUAGAUUUGACCCAGAUUUAUACACACCUUUUUUAGUGACACAAAGUUUUUACUAAAUCAACGACCGUGAUAAUAUUGUAUUGAUUUGUUUUAUUUUGUUCGUUAUUCUAAAUUCCUAUUUAUUUAAGUAGACAUAUAGAAGGAACAUGAAACGGUUAAGAUAGCUGUUUUGUCAAACUUGAUUCCGUUAACCGUAGAAAGGUUAACAAUGAUGAAUGCGUUAGUCUUUCAUAAGAAAGGAUCAGCGCAAAUGGCGUAAUAUUUCAAGAACAAGAGCUAUAGGAACAGUAGGAUAAACACAGAUAUUUAUUUGAGUGUGUGGUAAGAACUUAGGACCUAGGAAUAAAGAGAGCAAAGUUAUGCCAAAUAUAAAUCGGUACGAAUACA